AUGGCGGAACCAAAGAUUGGCUCUCCUAGGGCCAAAGCGGCAAAUGGCAACCAUGGUUCCGAAAAGACAUCCAACAAGCAGUCCAAGCUAUGGCAAAUGCUAGCUUUGGCCAAGGAAGUGGCCAAAGAUGUCGACGCGAUCCAGGACUACGAAAAAACAGUCGAAGGGAGACGGGCGCUUGAGCUUGAGCUCGAAGCCAAGAAUGCCGACAACCAGCGACUGCGCGAGCUGAACGAAAAGGUACUGCGCGAGUUCACUGACCACAAAGCCCAGGCCAUCUCCAAGACAGAGACACUGUUUGGCGAGUUCGAGCAAAAGUACAAGACGUACGAGUCGAACAAGGCCGCGGUGGAGACGAUGGAGAAGGAGGUUGUGCAGAUGAAGGAGAAGCUCGAGGCGUCGGAGCAGUCGCAGAAGAGCAAGGCCGCCGAGGUUGGGAAGCUCAAGCAGCAGCUGAAAGCCGCCGAGACCAACGCAAAGAGCCAAUCCGCCGAGAUCAAGGAGAUGAAUGCCGAGUGCGAGAUCCAUCGCUCGCGGAUGCAGACGAGCAUCGCGGAGCGGGAUGCGUGCAAGACCAAGUUGAUGCUGGCGCAAGGCGACCUUGGGGAGGACCUUUUGCACGACUACGGCUCUGACGGUCUGCGGACUCUUGGCCUUGACCUCAAAGCGUUGUCAAAGAAGUGCCAUGCUUUUGUGGUUGAGUACUUCAACGACCCAGAUGGAGCCGCAGACUCUGCAAGCGAGAUCCAGGAUCUCAAGGCCCAAUUCCCCAAGAUCCCCCUUACGACCCUGACGACCAGGCCUGCUGCCCAGAUGCGGUGUGCGGUUGCCGAAGCCGUCAUUGCCGCAAUCAUGACGUCUCAGAUUUUCGUGCCGUUCUACCUACCCAGCGAUCUCCGAGCAGCAGCAUCGACUCUGCUCCACAUAUUUGGAGAUGACGAACGGCGGCGAACCGUCUACCGGUGCCAGAUCCUCCGGUCCAUGACGGACGCCGAGGAGGUGGCGCGCGUCCAAGAGGACAUUGUGCGCAAGGCGAGCAACGAGGUGCGCAGCACGCUGCACCCGCUCGUCGUCGCCUUCAAGCAGGCCGGCUUCUACAACGCGGUGCCGACGCUGUUCCGCGAGGCGCUGACGCUGUGGGCCGACGUGCAGCGCUCGCGGGACCUGAUCACGGCCGAGGCGCCGGACAUGAACGAGGUGCAGCCGCCGAGCAAGUACGACGAGUACGACCAGAACGGCGGCGCGGCCGUGUCGUCGCCCAAGGGCCACAAGGGCCCCAAGGCGACCAUCGCGGCGGUGCUGUUCCCGCAGGUGGCGACGCGCGAGGACCUCAUCUUCAACGGCAUGGCGCUGUGGUCCAACCAGAGCGCGCUCGCGGCGGCGGCGCAGGAGAUGCCGGCCAACGGGACGGCCAACGGGGACUCGAUGAAGCAGGCGGCGGCGCGCCGGAGGUCCGUGGUCAGCCCGACUCGCCGUUCCGGGAUGAGUGAUUGA